GAUAAAGAGUUUCAGUUUCAAAAAAUGAGCUGGAAAGACUAAUUUUUUAUUAUCCUUUGUUCGGACAAAUGUAAUUGUAUAUUUUACUUAAAAUGAGAAUAAAAGAAAGUUCACAUCUUUACAGGAAGAGUUGAGUAAUAUGUAAAAAUAUAUUUGUAUAUUUAUUAUUUUCGUCCUCAGUCACAGUCUUCAAGUGCCACCUCAAAUUAUCACAUAAUUUAUUAAAAACCAAUUAAUUGUCAUUUUGUACUAUUAACUGCCAAAGAAACACACUACCGUACAAUCCCAUUCAUGUUUAUAAAUUACAAACGACCAAUGUCAAUUUCAGGCUACUCAAAAUUUGACUCUGGCUUCUUCCCAUAUAUAUGAACAUAAUAACAUCCAUAGCCUGAAACAGACCAAGAACUUCUUACACGCUCCAAGAUUCAAAAGCUCGAUUCAACUCUUGGAAGUUGGACUGAGAUUUCUAUUAAUUUAAGUUGUGUACUCUGGUAUCCUGGAUCAUAACCUCAUCUGGGUAUAAACCAGUUCUUGCUCAUUUUACUUAGGCUGUUCUUAUAUUAUUCUACUCUGUCACUCGAAAUCACAAUCUGGGUUGGUGGUUCUUGGUUAUUUUUGAGGCGCAUAAGGUGUUUUCAUUGGUAUGUGGUCCAUUUAUUUUGUGCAUUUUCAUUAAAUACUUUAUUCUUAUGGUCUUUCUCAUUAAAUUUUUGAAUUUUUUCUAGAACCAAUCCUAGUUGUGAUUGACAUUCUGAGAGGAAGAAACAUGUCUACCGAAAAUGGCUUCUGCAAAGAAAAGAAAGAAGAUUCUGAUGCAACAUCCAAGGAAACUGACUUUUCUUUGGGUAGAAAACUAGAGGAGCUUAUUGAGUGUCCAGUUUGCAAGAAUGUAAUGUACCCACCAAUUCAACAGUGUUCAAGUGGCCACCCUCUAUGCUCAAGCUGCAAAUCUUUAGUAAAACGCUGCCCCACAUGCCGGCAGGCACUUGGGAGAAUAAGAUGCUUGGUACUGGAGCAAAUGGCAGAGUCAGUUGAUCUCCCAUGUGGAUACGAAAUGUUCGGCUGCAGUGCCAAAUUACCAUACCCGAGCGGCCUUAACCAUGAGAAGAACUGUAAACAUCGUCCAUUGAAGUUAUUCAACUGUCCUUAUGCUGUGCAAGGAGAUGCCUGUUCUUUCACUGAUAACAUCCCUUCUCUUGUGACGCAUCUCACUAGUGAUCACAAUGUUGUAAUCUAUGAAAACUGUGCUUUCAUCGGUACAUACAUUGGUCUCGAUUCUCAAAGGCCUCCAAUUUCUGUAUGGAAGAUAAUUGUAUGUUCUUCCCUCUCUCUCAGUCUAUUCGUUGCUUUUAUUCCUUGACUAAUGUAUGUGAGUCCAUUUCUGGUGCAGGUUAUAAGAAGUUUUGGCAGGCUUUUUUGCUUGCAUUUUCAGCUUUUCGAGUAUAGAAACGAGCCUGUUUACAUAGCCUUUGUUCAACUCAUAGGGGACGAGAAUGAGGCGAAGCUAUUCAGUUGCAGUCUACAAGGUGGUCGCUAUGGCAGAAAGAUGUCAUGGCAAGGAGUCCCUCGGAGCACCAAAGAUAGCCACAGCGAAAUUCGUAGCAGCCUAGAUGGACUAGUUAUUCCAAAGCAAUUGAUAUACUAUGUUUCAGGUGGCUAUUCUGUGGAGCUGGAACUAGUGUUGAAAAUGGCUUAGCAAAUAUGGAAACUUUUUCUUUCUUUUUUUUUCUUCAAACAGUCAUAUGUUGUAAAAAAAUUAUCAAGAGUUAGCUCAUUACUUAUCUAUGAAGGAAUUAAUAUAACUUUCUUGGAGUAAUCUUUUUCUUUGUUUCAUGAUCUUCACUACAUAAUACCAUUUCUCACAAGUUAAGAAAGCUCAUAUCAGCUUGAUUGUCUGCUUGUUGCAGUACUGGAAAUCAUCCAUGAAAGAUUGGCUAAAUAUAAAAAUAGUAAUGAAUAAACCAAUAUAUACAUAAAUUUGGGUUAGGCUCUAAGACAUGCCAAGAGAAAACACACGUCUGUAUCACGUGAACUAAUCACGAACGACCAAUUUUAACAGAGGCCACUUAAAAUGUUUUGACUCUUUUAUUAAUGGCUUCUAAGCUAAUUAUCAAGAUUCUAGAAUCCAUAUACUACAUACACAGUCAUCUGGGCAAA